GUACGGGCCAGUGACUCGAUAGCCGGAAGCUGUCCGUGCUGAGGCUGCGGCAACAAAAGCUGAUCUAGACAGCGUUCAGCGCCGGUUGGCCGCAGGAUGGCAGAACGUGCAGCACUGGAGGAGCUAGUGCGACUUCAGGGAGAGCGCGUGCGGGGUCUCAAGCAGCAGAAGGCCAGCGCUGAGCAGAUCGAGGAGGAGGUGGCAAAACUACUGAAACUGAAGGCGCAGCUGGGCCCUGAUGAAGGGAAACAGAAGUUUGUGCUCAAAACCCCCAAGGGUACAAGAGACUACAGUCCCCGGCAGAUGGCCGUUCGGGAGAAGGUGUUUGAUGUAAUUGUCAGCUGCUUCAAGCGUCAUGGUGCAGAAGUAAUUGAUACGCCUGUGUUUGAACUAAAGGAAACACUGACUGGAAAGUAUGGAGAAGAUUCUAAGCUUAUCUAUGACCUGAAGGACCAGGGUGGAGAGCUGCUGUCCCUUCGCUAUGACCUCACCGUUCCUUUUGCUCGAUACUUGGCAAUGAAUAAACUGACCAACAUUAAACGCUACCACAUAGCCAAAGUAUAUCGGCGAGAUAACCCAGCCAUGACCCGUGGCCGGUAUCGGGAAUUCUAUCAGUGUGAUUUUGAUAUUGCCGGACAAUUUGACCCCAUGAUCCCUGAUGCAGAGUGCCUGAAGAUCAUGUGUGAGAUCCUGAGUUCCCUUCAGAUAGGCGACUUCCUGGUCAAGGUGAAUGAUCGGCGCAUCCUCGAUGGGAUGUUUGCCAUAUGUGGUGUUCCUGAUAGCAAGUUCCGAACCAUCUGCUCCUCAGUGGACAAGCUGGACAAGGUGUCCUGGGAGGAAGUAAAGAACGAGAUGGUGGGAGAGAAGGGCCUUGCACCCGAGGUGGCUGACCGUAUUGGGGACUAUGUCCAGCAGCAUGGUGGGGUAUCCCUUGUGGAACAGCUGCUCCAGGAUCCUGAACUGUCCCAAAACAAACAGGCCUUGGAGGGCCUAGGAGACCUAAAACUACUGUUUGAAUACCUGACCCUGUUUGGCAUUGCUGACAAGAUUUCCUUUGACCUGAGCCUUGCUCGAGGCCUAGACUACUACACUGGGGUGAUCUAUGAGGCGGUGCUGCUACAGACCCCAGUUCGGGCAGGGGAAGAGCCCUUGGGUGUGGGCAGUGUGGCUGCCGGAGGACGCUAUGAUGGGCUAGUGGGCAUGUUCGACCCAAAAGGACGCAAGGUGCCAUGUGUGGGGCUCAGCAUUGGGGUAGAGCGGAUCUUUUCCAUUGUGGAGCAGAGGCUAGAGGCUUUGGAGGAGAAGGUACGGACCACAGAGACACAGGUGCUUGUGGCAUCUGCACAGAAGAAGCUGCUGGAGGAGAGAUUGAGGCUUGUCUCAGAGCUCUGGGAUGCUGGGAUCAAGGCAGAGCUGCUCUACAAGAAGAACCCAAAGCUGCUGAACCAGUUGCAAUACUGUGAGGAGGCAGGUAUCCCACUGGUGGCCAUCAUUGGUGAGCAGGAGCUCAAGGACGGGGUCAUCAAGCUCCGCUCAGUGGCCAGCAGGGAAGAGGUGGAUGUCCGAAGAGAAGAUCUUGUGGAAGAAAUCAAAAGGAGAACAAGCCAGCCCUUUUGCAUCUGCUGAGUUGAGCAAACUAUCAGCCAACUGGGACUGGCGCUAUUUGAGGCUAAGACAAGACUCUGCAUAUAUACUUAACAGCUUUGAACACUUGGGUUCCAGCAGGAAAACCUGAACAGUGGUCAGAACAGAGACUUUUUAUUAUGAUUAUUUUCUUGGUAAUCACGGACAAAAGUGGCCAGGUAUUACACCAUUUUUCCAUAGGAGAUCCUGGGGGCUUAGUCCAGUCUGUGCUCUGGGGACCGAGCCUAAGAAUGGUCGCCCCUGCACGACCCUAACCAGAUGGAGAGAAUGCUCCCCGCAAACAAUACUUAAAGGUCCAAUAAAAUGACUCAACCACUGGA